AUGUCCUAUGGCAAAAGAAGCACUGGCAAGGACAUACAUGCCAGCAUGUCAGCUGGCCAAUUACAAGGAUCCAUUAAAAGAAAGCUGGAGGAUGACAGCUCUCCUGCCUCGGGCGGUGUCCCUGACGUCAUCUUCCCAAAUGACAGUAAAAGACUUUGUCUUGAUGACGUAAAUCUCGCCAUGGGCCAAGGUGCCAACCCCAAUGUGACAUGUCCAGAAAUGCAAAGUUCUCCAUUCCCCACCAGUCACAGUGCUCCUUCCCUGGGAGUCACGGGUCAUUCGGUGCUCCUUGAAAACAAUCACAUGAAUGGUGGUGGCAUUGGUUCCCCAUUUUCAGUGCCACCCAACACAGAAAUAAAUCAGAAGGGGUCAAUAGGAGGGCAGAACAAUAGCAUUGUCCACUAUGAUGAGAAGGGAAACAACUUACAGUCUGUGGACCAAGAGCUGCAAGAUCUAUUGGAAGAGCUGACAAAAAUGCCUGAUCCUUCUCCCAAUGACCUGGAUCUGGAGAAGAUUUUGUGCAGCAAGGCUGAAGAGCCACUUGGGCUGAGUCACCCUCAACCAAGCAUAAAUACCACUCCAAAGUCCUCCCCACAAAAUUCCCACUUGGAGAACCAUGUUGCUAAUAAAGAUUUUUCUCCAGGUUGCAAUCCAACCAGUGGAGGAUCUCCUCAAAUGAGACCAUCAUCUGCUGGAGCAAACUUCCAAGUUCCUCCUUCAAACAAACCUGCUGCAUCACCCAUCUCUACAGCAGCUCAGAGCAAGAACCAGCCACCACCCAUGCUGCCAGUCCCCUUACCCAACAUGCCUGGCUCCAACUGGCACGCUCAGCAGCUAAAGCAGCUGGCAGCCAGCAAGCAGGUGUCUACUACUAAGCAGCAAGUCCAGACUCCCAGCUGGCCGACUAUGUCUCCUCCUGGUGUCUCUCCACCUUACAGGGCAGGAUCAUCCCCACACCAUCAACCUUUCAGUCCUCAAAAUGUUAUGGUGUCUGGCAUGCCUGCUAGUAAUUUACCAGGAAACAACAUUCAGAGCCCUCAAAACACUCUGCUUUCAAGCAUGACUUCCAGCAACACCCCGUCCAGUGGCCCUUCUCCUCCUUAUGGGUCUGAGAAGCUCUCCAGUCCAGCUCUGAACCAGCAGCCCUUCAGCCCACAGAGCUCCAUGCUGCCCACCCUGGCAGCAGCCAGCUUACCAGCCAACAACAUUAAAAGUCCACAGAACAACUUGGUUGCCAGCAUGUCCUCCACCAAUACUGGACCUUCUCCACCAUACAGGCCAGAAAAGCUGUCAAGCCCAGCUCUGCAUCAGCAGCCCUUCAGUCCUCAAGAGUCAGCUACUCAAAAGAUGUCACCUCUGCCAGCAGGACAAGGGCAGCAGUCUCUCAUUCACUAUCUCCAGCAGCAGCAGCAGCAGCAGCAAUCUCCAGCCACGGCACAGCCCCAGCAGGCAAACAACAGCCAGUUUCUCCAGCAGCAGUUCCGACAGCUGAUGCAGCCCCAUCGGAUGCAGAGGCACAUGCAGCCUGCCACGUUGCCAUCUCAAAGCAGACAGGAUCAAAAUGCUGGAAUUGUUGCCAGACUUCAGGAGCCGGGCUCCAUCCCAAGCGGGGGCUCCGUGCCGGCACCAGCCACGGUGAACGGGUACACGAUGAGGAACCAUUUACUGAAGCAGCAAAUAAUGAAACGACAGCUGAUGCAGGAAAAGCAGAGACAAAACAUGCUGGGAGUAACAUCUGAGCAGAGGAGUUUGUUUGCAGCUCAGCAGAUAAAUCAGUUUCAAGCCGUGCAGCAGCCCCUGCCCACUGACUGCAGCCAGGUGAUGCCGGCGCCCGCGCCCAACCACCGCAUGCUGCCCUCCAGCCCUGCCAUGCUGCAGAGCACCCUGGGCUCUGCCAUGGCCCCGGCCACUGCCAGCCAGAGCAGCGGGACGAUGGUGAUGAUUCCACACAACCCUGGCAAGCAGCAGGGGAUUUUCCCACCUAAUUCUGACUUUAACAUCCCGCUGCGGCCAAGCCAGAACUCGCUGGGCAUGAACUCGGGGUGCCAGACAGCCCACAGCCACUCUGCUGUGCGGCCGGGGAUGCCGAUGGCCGGCUUGAGUUCUGGCUCCCUAGCAAAUCACUCCACGACUCAGCAGCACUUGAGGCAGCCGAGUGUGCCAAGAAUCCCUAACGUCUACCCCAGCUCAUCUGCCCAGAUGUGGACACCGACGGCUGUGCCAAGAAUGCCAAAUCAAAGCCAAAUGGAUACCAGCAUGCAGCAGUUCUCCAGUAACACUCUCUUCUCCAAACAGAACGCCAGGCCGAGCGCGCCGGGCCAGCAGUUCUCCCAGCAGGCUGUCGUGCCACCUAAUCAGAUCGCUCCCGGCGUCCAGGUCAGACAGAUGCAAAAACUGAGCAUGGGUCAGUCUGGCCAGGGCUUGAGCUCAAUGAGUAAUCAGAACUUGAGACACAAUUUAACCAGAGGACCCUUGCCAACUAUGAAUGUUAUGAAAUCCAUGCCCGCCGAGCUGCCGCAGUACGAGUUCGUGUCCCAGCACAGCAGCUCCGUCAUGCCCCCCAACUGCAGUGACACUGACUUCCUCGACUCCCUCAUGAAGAACAGCAGCAGCAGCAACGAUGAAGAGUGGUUGAACAAUCUGACAAUGAUAGAUGACAUUUUGGGACAGCACGCUCAAAGCUCCGGACAUGUUUAG